AUGGAGUCCCUGUCCCACUCUCGCAGCAGCUCACGCGGCUUUCGCUCUCGUCGGUCCUACACCAGUCUUCAACACAUCUCCCUCGCUCCAUUGACCAGCAGAUUUCCAUUGGAUGAUGAUGAUGGUGAUUCGGACGGCCCUGUUCCGGUGAAGGAGAGAGAUCCCCCUGGUCGUCCUCAACUUCCAACCACAUCCUACUAUUCGACCAGUUCAGUCCCAACUACUCCUCCAGUGCUAUCCGACUCGCGAAAUUUAUCAUUCACAAACUUGAAUAAAAAGAGGAAGUCAUCGAAAACUGCACCGUUGAGUGACACCGGGUUAGAUUUGCUAAACACUCAAAGACCCCCGCACCAUCACAGGACGCGGAGUCACAAUGCGCGCGAACGAUUGCCACGAGUCCGGAAUCACCAUGAGGAUAAUGAAUGGCUUCUUAGAGCGGGACUGGCCCUCGCAACUUCAGCACGCGAGGAGAAAGGCCAAAGCUGGCUUGUGAAGCGGGAGAGCUCAACGAGUCUCGUCUCGGACUUGAACCAUGAGCCCAAUCGCAGACCGCACCCGCAUCGGAGUCAGACUGCGCGAAGACACCGUUCUGGAGUGUCUACUCCAAUCGCUUUGUCGAGACGCGGGUCGAAAUCGCAACUCCCAAGUCCACGUAGCAGUCGGGCAUCGUUCAUGACCGCGGCAGAGGGAGGAUUCUGUUCUCGAAGCGUCCCCGCCACUCCAUCUCACGACCAAACCGAAGUUAUCCCAGACUUUGUGGAGAAAACGGUCCGUGACGAAAUGAGAUCCAUAAUAUCCCAGAGCUGUAAAAACGACCACAACCCAUCACGGAACGGUGAUGUUGAAACUGCAAGCUAUGACUACACUUCUAGAAGAUCAUCUCUUCUCGACCGAUCUUUCCCUUCAUCUGAAUCCAAUUAUUCUGAAUCAGAGUCCGAAGAAGAAAGUGAAUUCGGCGAGGUCGAGAUGCAACGGCUGACUCGCCAGCAAGGGUUUGGCCUUGGUCCUUGGAUAGACAGGCUGGUUGAAUGGGCGCUGUUCAAUGUGGAAGAGGAGACUUCUCCCAUAGUCCAUACCCAAUGGGCAGACGAACAUGACGCCUUGGUCAGUAGUGCUACAGCUAGGAAAGAGGUAGCCUUUACCCACGCGGACGACCAACCAGGCUCCGAAGUAGAAACAGACUGUGAAAGUACAGGGACCGCGGAUAGUUCUUCAUCAUCCGGCCAGUCCGAAGAGUCCACUGAGAAAGGCGCCUGGGCUGAUGUGAGGUGGCUACUGCGCGUUGCCAGGAACGCUCUGUGA